CUUAUUUAACACAUGAUUUCAAGCAGAAAAGAAUUGUAUUCACGAAUAGAGUUUUCUUUAAAAUAAAAAUAAAUUUAUUUCAGUUGCUAGAAAGUGCUUUAAAAAGUAAAAAGUGUGUAUUGAAAGGAAGUUUAAAGUAAAAUUUAUUAUUAAUAUAGAAAAAAAAUGGGUUGCUGUGCGUCUAAGGAUUUGGAUAAGAAAAAAUCAUGGAGUCCUUCUGAAACAAAUAAUGGUAGUACCUCAUCGACAAUAAUAGCUCAACCUAGUGAUGACUCGGGUACCGGGACAUUUCGCAAGAAAAACUAUACGACAACUUUAAAUCACACCAUAACGACGACAACAACUUCAAGGGAAAAUAAUGAAGAAAAUUAGUUUCUAGAAAAAUAGUUUAAAUAACGAAAAAUAAUGUGUAGGUUUAAGUUUUUAUAAAAGUUUUUGUUACAGUUAUAAAUUAAAAAGUUUAAAAACAAAAGUAGAUUUCUUUUGUGAAGUUUAAAACCAAAAAUAAAAAAGUGCAUUUUUUUGCAUUUUGUAUGCAAAAUGUUCUAUUUUUGCCCUUAAAUUGUUAACAAUAGUAAACAAUUGUUAAAAAUCUCAUUUGUUUAUUAGAAACCACUCAUAACAUGUAAUCCUAGAUGAUUUUGAAGAUUAUUUUGGAAAUUGUUUAAAAAAAAGGCAACAUUUUGUGCAAAAUUUUGAAUUUUUUUAUACUAAAUAAUUUGUUUUGGCUGUAAAGUAAUUUGUUACAUUAGGAUUUGUUAGAAUUCAGAUAUUAUAAGUUAUUAGCAUUGAA